UUCCAGUCGUUUAUCGCUCAGUAACAUUCACUCAUUCAUUGUUGAUUGAUGUGCUGCUUUGUAUUAUGUAUAGUUAGUAAAAAAAAUUAAUAUAGUGUCCGGUUUUUCGCAAAGAUUAAAUUAAAAAGCUAAUAUUAAAAAAAUAGCUAAAUAAAUUAAGUUUCUCUAGAAUCAAAACUGUCAAAAAUGGGAAGCGAGAAAACAGUGCCAAACGGUAUCAAAUUUCUUAUCGGCGGUACUUCAGGAAUGGCAGCAACAUGUUUUGUGCAACCAUUGGAUUUGAUUAAAAAUCGAAUGCAACUGAGUGGAACGAAGACAUCGACAGUAGGAGUUGUUUCAAAUAUUUUAAAAAAUGAAGGUCUUUUCGCUAUGUAUUCAGGACUUUCUGCUGGACUUUUGAGACAAGCUACCUAUACAACUACAAGAUUGGGAAUUUAUACUUGGCUCCUUGAACUUGCCUCAAAGGAAGGACAGCCGAAUUUUUUUAUUAAAGCAGGCAUAGGAAUGGCUGCGGGUUGUGUUGGUGCAUUUGUAGGAACGCCAGCGGAAGUUGCUUUAAUUAGAAUGACUGCAGAUGGAAGAUUACCUUUAGCUGAAAGGCGCAAUUACAAGAAUGUUUUCCAUGCACUUUUACGAAUAACAAGAGAAGAAGGAGUCUUUACUCUUUGGCGAGGUGCUAUUCCAACAAUGGGAAGAGCCAUGGUGGUAAAUGCAGCACAACUUGCAUCCUAUUCACAAGCAAAGGAAUCUCUUCUCGAGACAGGUUAUUUUGAGGAAAAUGUGACUUUACACUUUGCGGCCUCAAUGAUUUCUGGAUUGGUAACAACUGCAGCUUCGAUGCCUGUUGAUAUAGCCAAAACGAGAAUACAAAAUAUGAAGAUGAUAGACGGAAAACCAGAAUUCAAGGGUUCAGUGGAUGUAUUAACGAAAGUCGUGCGAAACGAAGGUCUAUUUGCUUUAUGGAAAGGAUUCUUUCCCUAUUAUGCACGUUUAGGACCACAUACUGUUUUAACAUUCAUUUUCCUUGAACAAAUGACGUCAAUUUACAAAAGUAAAUUUGUUUGAUUUCUCAUUUUCAAGUUAAAUUUUGUUUCAAUAAAGAUAAAUUCCGCGGCCAUAUUAAAUCGCGUUUCUCCACUUGUUAUUAUAUUGAUAACAAAUGUUUAAUCUACUGGAUUAGUCAUAAUUUUAACUUGAAUUUCAUUUCAUAGUGAACAUUUUUCUUUUUUUUUUUUUUGUUGAAAAAAUUUUCAUAUUUAUUUUAGAAAAAAUUAUAUAAGAGUUUAGAAAAAUUUGAGAAAAUUUCAGGCGUUACACAUUCACGUUCUCUAUUUAAUGCAGAACGCAUUUUAUUAGAUUAUAUUAGUCAAAUUAAAAUGCGAGUUACUGGCUCUUUUUUUUUUUUUUUGAGCCACAAGACAAUACAUUCUGUAUACAUUCUCUAAUUAGAACGUCGUCUGGAACGAUUAUAGUUUUAUUAUUAUUGUUAUAUAAAUUGACAAAGAGGGAAAAAAAAUAAUUCCUGAUUGUAUAGUGCAUUGUUUAUAAGUGAUCGUCAUAUAUAUUUAAUGUUGUAUAAUUUCUCAAAGUGCGAAACACUAUUUUUUACAAGACAUGUGUAUUAUUAUUAAUAUUAUAAUUUUACUCUUAUCAUUCCCUUCAAGUGAACUCAUAAAUUAUUUCAUUGAAAAGUUAUUUCUUUGAAUUUUCAUUGUUUCAAAAUUUAUAAUGUUCUAUUUUUAAAAAAGUCAAAUUUUCUUUUUAAAAAAAUGUUAAUUUUUAGUCUGUAUAGAAAGAAAAUUUGUUAUUGAUUCAUGUAUUUUAAUUAUAAAAAAAGACGUUUCGAUAUUCUUUUUGAUGUGGAGAAAAAAAUUCGACAUUAUAAAUUUAGAUUUCUGAAAAUUUUGAUUAAUAAGUUUUAUAAAAUAUUCAUGUGUUCACCUUCAAGAAGCAUGUGUUAGGGAUAAUUUGCAAAUUUGUAUAGGUACACAAAAAUACGUUGAAUACGUAAACAAAAAUUCCAUCUCUAUUUUUUUAUGUAUUUAUGAAGAAAAAAAUAAACAGUGUAUAAAUUUA